AUCUUGUCCUUCAUCAAAACUCUUCGUCCAUCUCAAAAGACAACAGCCAGCCAACAAACACUCUCUCCCUCCCUCUCUCUCUCUCUGUCUCUUCUUCUUCUCUCUCUCACAGAAUCCAAAGGUUAAAACCAACAACAGAACAACCCCGAAAAAAAAGAAAAGAAAACAGAGAGCCCUGCCUUCAGCCACUUCCCUCCACCGCCCCUAAAAAAAUAAAGUUUCAAUCUUUACUAUAUCGCACACACUGCAAAAAGAUCCCCAUUUGCUCAAUCUCCAUUUCCCCACACGUCAUUUCUGUUUCUUUCUUCCUCUCCCCCAAAAAAUGGAUGUCUGGUCUCCUUCUGUCGCCAUGGAUGACGAGUUUGAGAAGCUCCUUAUUCGUAUGAACCCCCCAAGGGUCACCGUUGAUAAUGCUUCGAGCCGGAAAGCCACCUUGAUUAAGGUUGACAGUGCUAAUAAACAUGGGAGUUUGUUGGAAGUGGUACAGGUUCUCACUGAUCUCGAUCUCAUCAUUCGCCGAGCUUAUAUUUCUUCCGACGGCGAAUGGUUCAUGGAUGUAUUUCAUGUCACGGAUCAGAAUGGGAAUAAGCUAUCCGAGGAUGAUGUUGCCGACAGAAUUCAACAGUCACUGGGACCAAGAUCAAGAAGCAGCUUUCGAUCCCUUAGACGAUCAGUAGGCGUAGUCCAGUCAGCAGACGAGAACACAACGAUUGAGUUGACAGGAAGGGAUCGACCCGGUUUGCUAUCAGAGGUGUUUGCAGUUCUUGCAGACCUCAAGUGCAAUGUGGCUGCAGCAGAGGUCUGGACACACAAUUCCAGGAUGGCUUCGGUAGUUUACAUCACCGACGAGGCUACUGGGGCACCCAUCGACGAUCCAGAUAGGCUUGGGAAGAUCAAGCAGUUGCUGUUGUAUGUGCUGAAGGGGGAUAGAGAUUGGAGGAGUGCUAAUACUGAGGUUUCGGUGGGGUGUACUCAUAAGGACAGGAGGCUCCAUCAGAUGAUGUAUGCUGAUAGGGAUUAUGAUGUGGAGGAGGAUGUGGAUUCUGCGAAUGGGAAUAGGCCACUUGUCAAUGUGGAGAAUUGUUUGGAGAAGGGGUACACGGUUGUGAACUUGAGGUGUCGAGAUAGGCCUAAGCUGCUGUUUGAUACGGUUUGCACGCUGACUGAUAUGCAGUAUGUUGUUUAUCAUGCCACCAUCAUUGCUGAAGGAUCAGAGGCUUAUCAGGAAUUCUACAUCAGGCACAUGGAUGGAUCUCCAAUUAGCUCAGAAGCAGAAAGGCAAAGGGUGAUCAAUUGCUUGGAAGCUGCAAUAAAGAGAAGAACAUCUGAGGGGAUUAGAUUAGAACUCUGUUGUGAAGACAGAGUUGGCCUGUUAUCAGAUGUGACUCGGAUCUUCAGAGAAAACGGUCUCUCUGUGAGUCGAGCAGAGGUAAGUACCAGAGGCGACCAAGCAGUGAAUGCCUUCUAUGUGACUGAUGCAUCAGGACACCCUACAGUGAAGACUGAGACAAUCGAGGCGGUAAGGAAAGAGAUCGGUCUGGCGAUCCUUCGAGUGAAGGAGGAAGCUUACUUGAGUUCCCCACCGGCUCAAGAAAGUGGCAAGUUCUCUCUCGGUAACAUCUUUCGAUCAAGAUCAGAGAAGUUUCUGUAUAACCUGGGCUUGAUCAAGUCUUGUACUUGAGUAGUUUAAGUGGGGUUUUUAGGGUUCUGUAAAUGGCUCUGCUGGUGAGAUUCUGGGAAGUUAGCUGCAGUUACUAGAUGUUGUCUAGGUCUUUUCUUUGGAGGGGUCAAUUGGUAGUUGAUCUUGGUUCAUAAGCCUCAUGAAAUCACCUCUGUAAAGCUGUUUUCUCUUUCUGUUCUUUUGUAAAUAGCUUUUGUUUUCCUUUAGCCUACUUGAGUCCAAAUGGGUCAACUGUAAAUUGGACACAAUCAUUGUUUCAACUAGAGCAAGGAUGUUCAUUAGUUCAAUCUGUUGUGUUUUCCCUACUCCUGGAAGAUUUGGUGAAGAUUGUUGUGGCUGAAAAUGAAGUUUUUAAAAAAAC